GGAAACGUGGAUCCCGCCCUCCGCGCCGUCCCCACGCAGCAGGGUGGCCGUACGCUGCGCGCUCGUCGGCCGGAAGCCCGGCCCAGUGCCUCAGGGGGAGCCGCCCCGAGCGGGAGCUGACACGGCCGCAGUCCUUGCGGAGUAUUGAAGGAUGUUCGUUCCAAGAUCCCUGAAAGUCAAGCGGAACGCUAACGAUGACAGUGGAAGUUGUGUAGCCAAGAAAGUCAAACCCGAGGCAGAAGACCGGGGGCUGGAUGCAGGUGGGGAUGGUCUCGCGGAUGCCUCGGGUACCAAAGGGGCUGCCGCAGCGGCCCACCAGGGGGCCCAGCUGCGCCCUCUCCCCGGGCCUACUGGCCCGGCGUCCGAAGGGACUCUGCCCGACUCCGAGCCAGGGACACAGACUGGCGAUCUCCCCGAAGAGCCGGUGAAGUCCUUCUCCAAAACCCAGCGGCAGGCCGAGCCCGGGGAGCCCGUAUGCGUGGUGUGCGGUCGGUACGGCGAGUACGUGUGCGACGAGACGGACGAAGACGUGUGUAGCCUGGAAUGCAAAGCCAAGCACCUGCUGCAGGUGAGGGGCGCGGAAGCGGCGUCCCAGCCGAGCCGCCAGCAGAAAGCGGGCUCCGAGUCGGUGGCACCGGGCCCUACUCCCUACGUCUACACAGAGCACGCUUUCAUCGCGCACCUUCGGGAGGACCAGAUUGAGAACCUCAGGCGGCAGCUGGGGAUCACUGUCCGAGGCCGAGGCGUCCCCAGGCCCAUCGUUGACUUUGAGCACUGCGGCUUCCCUGAGGCCCUAAACCGCAACCUGAAGGCCUCCGGCUACGAAGUGCCCACCCCCAUCCAGAUGCAGAUGAUUCCGGUGGGCCUUCUGGGCAGAGACGUGCUGGCCAGCGCGGACACCGGCUCCGGGAAGACGGCCGCCUUCCUGCUUCCGGUCAUCGUGCGAGCUCUGUCUCAGAGCAAAUCGCCGUCGGGGCUGGUCCUCACGCCCACGAGGGAGCUGGCCAUUCAGAUCGAGCGGCAGGCCAAGGAGCUGAUGAGCGGCCUGCCCUGCCUGAGGACUGCGCUCCUGGUGGGGGGCCUGCCUGCGCCCCCCCAGCGGCACCGCCUGCGCCAGCGCAUUCAGGUUAUCAUAGCAACUCCUGGGCGACUUCUGGAUAUGAUAAAGCAGAGAUCUGUAGAACUCGGCAGUAUAAAAAUUGUAGUAGUGGAUGAAGCUGACACCAUGUUAAAGAUGGGCUUUCAGCAGCAAGUGCUUGACGUCCUGGAGCAGCUGCCUCGUGACUGUCAGACCGUGCUGGCGUCAGCCACGAUCCCGGCCAGCAUAGAGCAGCUCGCCGGCCAGCUCCUGCGCGACCCCGUGACGGUCACCGCCGGGGAGAGGAACCUGCCCUGCCCCAGCGUGCGCCAGAUCGUCCUGUGGGUGGAAGAGCCAGCCAAAAAGAAAAAACUGUUUGAAAUCUUGAACGAUAAGAAACUCUUUAAGCCUCCAGUGUUAGUUUUCGUGGACUGCAAGCUAGGAGCAGAUCUGUUGAGCGAGGCCGUUCAGAAAAUCACGGGUCUGAAAAGCACCUCCAUGCACUCGGACAAGUCACAGAUGGAAAGAAAAAACACACUGAAGGGGCUGCUUGAAGGAGACUGUGACGUGGUGGUGAGCACAGGGGUCCUGGGAAGAGGCCUGGACUUGGUCAGCGUCAAGCUGGUUGUCAAUUUCGACAUGCCCUCCAGCAUGGACGAGUACGUGCAUCAGAUUGGAAGAGUGGGGCGAUUAGGUCAGCAUGGAACAGCGAUCACUUUCAUCAAUAACAACUCGAAAAGACUCUUCUGGGACAUUGCAAAACGCGUGAAACCCACAGGGUCCCUGCUCCCCCCGCAGCUGUUAAAUUCCCCUUACCUUCACGACCAGAAGAGAAAGGAGCAGCAGAAAGACAGACAGAUGCAGAACGACCUGGUUACGGGGGCCAAUCUCAUGGACAUUAUUAGAAAGCAUGAUAGAAGUAAUGCUCAGAAGUGAUCUGUUAUACCAUCUUGAACCGUUUUUAUUGUGUAUUGUCAGUGAAACUUCUGUACAUUAUUACUGUGUGGGUUGAUAAAGGUGACAUGUACAUGGAACAGAAAAUUAACAUGAUGUAAAAAGUUUUAAUAAUUAAGUUUAUACAGCCAUAUUGUAUUUAUUUACCUUUUUAAUUUUCGUAAAUUAAAAACAACAGCAGAAAGUGAAUUACUAAAUAAAAAUUUCUUUUCCCUGGAGAAAAGUCCUUUUUAUU